CCUAAAUUAUUAAAUUCAGCCGCAGCCGCACCUUCUCGUUCGCAUCCUCUUUCUCUCUCUCCCAACGAGAGAUUAGGGUUUCGAUUCUCCUUUAUCUCAACGGGGCUACGGGAUCACAAUCCCUGCUCAGAAGGAGAGGAAUCGGGUGUACAUAUCUACAGCGUAGGUUUGGAUCUCUGAUCCUUUACACUGUUCAGUGUUCGGUAGUUCACUUUAGAAGUUAAAGUUCAGAGUUAGUGAGAUUGUACUGAAUUUAGUACUAUGCCGAAGGAAAGAAAAGCCCGUUCUGUGUCCUUUGAACGUCGUUCUCGCGGAUCCCCUUUCCCAAGUAGCUCAUCUAAUUGCCCAAAACAUCGUCCUUCCUCUUCUAGGAAUCCACCUAGAUCUCCAUCAAGAACAGCCGCAGCCAAGGACAUUAAAGAGUGGGAGGAGGUUAGGUGCCCGGUGUGCAUGGAGCAUCCCCACAAUGCAGUUCUCCUUCUGUGCUCUUCCCAUGAUAAAGGUUGUCGUCCAUUCAUGUGUGAUACAAGCUAUCGCCAUUCUAACUGCCUUGAUCAGUUCCGUAAGGCCUUUGCGUCCUCCUGCACAACUCAGGAUAACCACAAAGAGCAGCUUCCGACUGAACUCUCAUGUCCCUUGUGUCGUGGAUUUGUUAGUGGUUGGACAGUCAAUGAGCCUGCCCGCUAUUACAUGAAUGCAAAGUCCCGCAGCUGCUCCAUGGAGACGUGUGAUUUUUCUGGUGCCUAUGGAGAUUUGAGGAAGCAUGCAAGAAGGGAUCACCCUUCUGUGCGUCCAUCAGUUGUUGAUCCAGCAAGGGAACGUGAUUGGAGGAGAAUGGAACAACAGCGUGAUUUUGGGGACUUGCUCAGCACACUGAUGACUGCGGUGGGUCAAAGAGGGACUGUUGAAAGAGAUGAUGAAUAUGAGGAGAAUUUGUUCACCUUUCCGUCAGUUGCUGUCUAUUUUGUGUUGCGUGUUCGCCAACAUUCAGGUGCAGAAAACCAUCGAUCCCCCCGCCAUCAACCUGAGCAGCUGACCUAUAGUGGCCCAUCAUCAACUAUAAGCAACGAUUCUGAUGAUGGUGAUGAUGGCAGAUCUGAAGAAGUCUCUGCACCAUCAAGAGGCCAGGGAAGGCCCCGUCGGCAGUUGAGGAUGUCAGAUGAUGAGGAUGAGGUGUUAUGAUCAGUUAGCAUCUCCUCCAAUAGUUCUGGUUCUGUUCAUGCAGCAACAUAGAGCUGGUUGGAGUUUGCAAGUCCCUGGAUUGUAAUUAAGUUGAGGGAGGUCACUUUCCGUACUGCAGGCAAUGCAUGUAUUUUCAGCAUGCAGGGGAGAGAAAGAGAAUGGUAGCCAUUGCAUCGUGCUGAGUGCACAAGAAUGUUAGAUUCAUUUGCUUGAACUUCACAUAGCUUGGCUCGUGCAAAUAUUUCAUUUGUGUUUUUGGUGAUGUGGGGGGUGUGUGGGUGAAAAUGGGAAUAUUAUGGUCCAACAGUUUGUCCAUCUUAGUUUGAUACAAAGGGGGAUGAAUUAUAAAUUUAGUAGCAAAUCAUGUUCAGCUUUGUUGAUUAUUCAGAGCUACUGGCAAUGAACUUUGCAGCUCUAGAAAUGAUAUUCUCUUCCUCUGUUAUUUGAUCCUUUGUGUGCCUGUGACCUGUUGAUGCAUCUGCUGGAAUUUCUGUGGGACUAUAAGUAUGCUUAGUUUUUCUGCAUGCAAUUUCUGUGAU